UGCACUAGGCCAUUUUACACGUGGAGGAGAACACAGCAUCAUCCUCGCAUACAACCGCCCUUUCCCUGGGAAACAAGGAGGCAGGCUCGAGCCAUUGGAUGAUAUCUGAUAAACGCGAACUGUUCCUGGGCUGUCAGAUUGGCGGCACCUAGCCGCGUCGCUACGCGCACCGAUCAUGCGGGAACAAUGUGAGCUCUCGUCUCCUCCUCUUCAGCUAGCCCCUCUUCAGAGGUGUUGUCGUGGUGAGACGGCGUUUUGUCAGGAGUAAAGGGACAGUUUUACUGCAACGCUAUCUCCAUAGCUCCGAAUGAGAGCAAGUGACCCGGAAGAAAGAUUGUUGCCUUGCUUUUGCCUGCCCGUGCACGGUGUAGUAGCAACGUCCAUGCGCCGUUUGCUAAUUUGAAAUUGGACCGAGCUAAUUGAGGACUUCGAGGCAGGUGUGCGGUGUCAUUCGUAAUUCUGCUGGCCAAAAGCGUAUACGCGGCCCAUUUUCCCUUCUCUCAGAUGUGUAUGGACUUUAAUACCGGCCAAGCAGGCUCCUGUCGACGAGGUUGAUACCGUAUUUUGUUGCAGAGCGAAUUUCUUUCAGAUGUCUCCGCGUUCGCUUUGAGGAUCGGACAGACUAGGCUCUGGAUUUAAAGCCUGAGGAGGAGUGCGGAAUUCUCCGGAACGAGUGAAGAAUUGAGAUCACUGAUGCCCGUCUCUCCCGAAUAAGUCUCCCAGCUUUUGAUUUUUAUGACGGAAAGUGUACCCAGCUACGGUAGAACUGUUAGGAGACCUCUUCAACAUGAAUACAGACAGUGGAGGAUGCGCUCGCAGCAGCGCUGCCUUGCUACUCACCCUCUCCCACAUGAAGCGGGUCCAGAGCGUCCCCAAUCUGGCUACAGGGAGUGAUUCUCACUCGUCAGAUUCAGAUGCUUGGAGGUCGCGUAGCACCGACGGCCUGAGGAACGGCGACGACGUCAGUUCUUCCCUGGCCGCCAAGGGCUUCCGCAGCGUUAGACCCAACCUGCAAGACAAGAAGUCCCCCACACAGGCUGUCAAUCAGGUCCCCCUCCCGCCCCCUAGGAGAGAGAGCUACCCCUCCACCGCCACAGGUGCAAUCCCCCCCUCCUACAGCUCCCUCCUAGCCGAGACCCUCGGACCCGGGAUGCUAGCCCUCUCCAACGAGAAGGCCAUCCUGAAAGAGUCUUACACAGUCAAGAGCAGGUCUUCUUACUCCCACCAUCAGACUACUAUCACCACUUCUGCACCCCAAUCUGAACCCGAACCCAACCCCCAGCCCCCACAAACAAACCCUCAGUCUCCCCUCGCCAACCCCAUCCCCAAUGACACCAGCAAGGUCAAAGCCUCCACAGCUACUUCCUCCACCACCACCCAGCUUCAGGCUGCAGAGCGCAAGGUGUCCUCCCUCAGACUCACCCCCGUCACCAUCCCUGAUCCCCCCUCCCACCAGCCCAUCCCCCAGCCUGAGACUCUCACCACCUCCCUUCCUCCCCCUAACCUUCCCCCCCGUAGAGACUCCUCCAUCGGCCCCCAAAGCCAGCACACAGCCUCUCUCUCCGUCCAGAUGGCCCCGCGGAACCCCAAACCACCGGGCUCCAAGGCCCCUACCCUGGAGCCCAAGGCCGCAGCUUCUGACCCUGGGGAGGGCAGGAAGGUGAAGGCCCCCCCUCCAGUUCCACCUCUACCGUCCGCAGCGAAUGUGGUGGGCCAAGCUAUUCAAGUGGCUAUGAAUGGAAGUCCGCCCCACCCCCAGAGACCCUCCUCACCCCCGGCCUACCCCCCUCUCCCCGCCUCGUUCAGCCCAGGGGUGGUUCACAUGCAGAGUCGGAGCGCAGAAGGUUCAGAGUCGGUGAUGUCGGGCCACACCAGUGUGAGCAGCACGGUGCCCAUCGCCCGCUUUUCAGAGGAAGAGAAGAGGGUGUCGGUCAUCAAGGCGCCCCACUACGAGGGCAUCGGCCCCGUGGAUGACACGGGCAUCCCAAUCGCCAUUCGCACGACGGUGGAUAGGCCGAAGGACUGGUACAAGACCAUGUUCAAGCAGAUCCACAUGGUUCACAAAGCAGAUGACGACUAUGCCGACUCGUACAACGCCACAUACACUGUCAGCGGUGACAGUGACACAUAUGGUCAGUCCUCCAACCCCACCGUGGCCUACCCUCCCCCCAGGACACAAACGUACCGGCCCCUGGCCAAGAGCCCGUCGGACAACGGAGGCCCCGGGACCUUCAGGGAGCCCUCCCCCGUGCCACCGCCACCUCCGCCCAAGCCCUCCCUCUUACAGCUGAGGUCCAGAGACAGCGACCGGGAGCGAGACUCGCCCGACACCAUGAAUCAGUGGGGCCCUCCCGAUAGGAAAGUGGACACUAGAAAGUACCGCGCUGAACCCAGGAGUAUAUUUGAGUACGAGCCAGGGAAAUCAUCCAUUCUGGAGCAGGAGAGGCCGACCUAUAAGCUAAACCCAGAUGACAUAGAUUUAGAGAACGAGCCUUGGUAUAAGUUCUUUUCCGAGCUGGAGUUCGGCCGUCCGCCUCCUAAAAAACGUCUGGAUUAUAAUCCAGACAUCUGCCCUCGCCGACUCACCGAGACGUCGCUGUACUUCACUCCCACUGCUGACCGGGUUCCAGAGAGGCCGGCGAGUGCUGCCAGUGACUACAGGAAGAGGAGGAAGUCGGAGCCGUCAGGUGACCAGGGCAAGAACCAGGUCUCCCCAAAACCACCGGACCCUUACAAAGGCAGCAGCACACUGAGGAAACCUGCCAUCCGCUCCUCCCCCUCCUCCCCCUCCAAAGUCAAAGGUUUCCUGUCUCAUAGUGGGGUGACCACAGAAAAGAUUAGCGGUGGGGUCACGUGCGAAAUGACCUACUCCCCCCGUUUGAGCUCUUCCCCGGGCCCGUACCUCCGCUCCCCUCUCUCCCCCAUGCCCUCCAACCUCGCCCACCGUCGCUACGACGACGAUGCCAACCCGGGGGCAGCCUCUUCGCCCUCCUCGCCCCUCAAGCGCGCCAUCUGCUUCAAGAACGGCUGGCAGACGCUCCGGCAGGACGCCGAGACAUGGAGCAGCACAGAAGACGCACCGCCCUCGCCCGCAAAGCUGAAGUCGCGUAGCUGCGACAACUUGCUCAACGACGGGCACCCAGGGGGCCCCGGCGGGCACAAGGCUAUCCGUUCGGAGAGCGCCGGGUCACUGGUAUUCGACAACCCAUUGGGGCAAACCGCAUCGUCCUCUACUCGCUCCUUGCCUCGCCCGCACCGGCGACGUGCCCACGACGCGCCAGGCUUCCUGAAGCUCUACCGCAAGAUGCACCACAUCGACCGCGCCCAGCUGCUACCCUCUGACGUCAUCCGCUCGGUCCGUGCCCGCAUCCUGGAGCUGGAGCGCCAGCCGCACCUCUUCCCCCGAAAACUCUCCCCCUGGGGGCCGUCGUGGGGCCUGGAGGUCCCUCGCGAUACGGUGCCAAUGCGCAUCUCCACGUACGAGCAACUCAUCCAGAAGUCCAAGUCCAUGCCCGACUUGGGAGAUAGCGAGGUCCCAUCUGGCGCAACCACGCCCGGCGGGUCAUCGUCCCGUGCCAGUAGUAGCGGGGGAGGAGGCGGCGGGGGUAGGGAGACACCCGGGUACCCCAAACGCCGUUUCUCCAUUGAGUCUCUGCUAGAAGAAGACAUUAACAAUGGGAAUGGUAACGGGACGUCCCAUCACACUUUUGACCACCAUCACGCUCACCAGGGUGCAAGGAACCCGCCCGAGGGUCAGCCCCGCCUCGCUCUAGACCCCCACCACCGCGAUUUCCCCGACCCCCUCGUUUAUCGACGCGCCACUGUCCCAGGGGCCGAGUACUCUGAGUCAGAGCAGGAUGCAGCCGCCUCGGACCUCAGUGACUUUGUCCAAGUCGAAGGAUCCUCCUUCUGCAGCGAGAGCGACUUCGACCACUGCUCGCUCACCUCGUCAGUCGAGAGCUUCUACGGCCCCUCCUCCCACCACCACCUUCGACACCACCACAGCCACAGCCACCACAACCCCAGUCAUCAGUCUCUCGGUCAGGGUCAGGGCUACCAGCACCGUCACCUCAUCAGCUCGUGUAAAGGACGCUGCCCGGCCUCCAACACUCGCUUUACCACUAUGCUGCGCCACGAGCGGGAGCGGGCCCGCCAGGAGCUCCGGCAGAAACCCCCCCAGGCACAGCAAACCAGACACGGGGGAAGGGGAGGGAGCGGAGGGGACCACCAUGCCCUACCCCCCUCGUCCCAAGCAGCCCAAACCCAGCAGGGGAUGUCCAAACUGGCCUUCCUCAUCAGUCCCGUGCCUUUCCGAAGGAAAAAGGGUGAUUCUCCACCCACUUCGAGAAGGAGUAGUGGAGGUCGAAGUACCAGGCCCAAGUCUAAAGAAGCCGUCUAUGAAGCUUUGGAUGCAGCCUUGAGGGAUAUCUACGAACACAUCCAAGCGGAGCGAGGCCGGAGCGGCGCUAGGCUACCAGACGAUAGCAUCCUCCGGAGGCUACUGGCUGAGAUCCUCCCGGAUGUGCCCGAGAGGAGCUCCUCGUUGCGGGGACUGAGGGGGAGCCGCAAGGGGGGUCCCUCCUCAAGCUCCUCGUACCCCGACGGGAGUCCCACGGGGUACAGCUCGUCACCGCGGCUACAGUCGCCGCUAAGUACCUCUUACAGUCUCCAUACAGAUGCCUCCAAUAACAACGACUUUGGAGAGGAGCCAGGCAACGCAGAGCAGGAUGCCUCCAGGGGGUACAACACAACCACCAGCGACGGGGGAGGGGGGCAGACCAGACGAGCCACCCCGGACAGAGAGGUCUCCCAUAAGCAGAUGACCCAACUCAUUCUCUUCUCUCUCCUCCAUCAGAAACAGCCUGCCAGAGCUAUAUAUGACUUUAAGGCACAGACCGCUAAAGAGCUGACGUUCAAGAAGGGCGACGCGGUGAACAUCAUCAGACAGAUCGACAGCAACUGGUACGAGGGGGAGCACCGCGGACGACUGGGCAUCUUCCCCAUCUCCUACAUAGAGAAGAUGCCGUUGCCAGAUAAGCAGCAGCCGAUUAGGCCUCCUCCACCAGCACACGUCAGAGAGAUCGGGGAGGGGGUGGCCCGUUACAAUUUCAACGCUGACACAAACGUGGAGCUGUCCCUCCGCAAGGGUGAGAGGGUAGUCUUGCUGAGACAGGUGGACCAGAACUGGUACGAGGGGAACAUCCCAGACACCACCAAGCAGGGCAUCUUCCCUGUGGCCUACAUAGACAUCGUCAAACGCUCGCCCUCCAAGAGCCCCGCCCCCUCCCACCACCCAGACCCACACGGCUACCCCAGCAACAGGACACAGGGCUCCACGCCCACCAAGCCAUUCAACAGAACUCCCACCCCCCCUUCCCUCCAUCACCACCACCAUCCUCGCUCCACGCCCCCCUCCCCCCACACCCCUCCUCCUCCCGUGAAGACCCUCUGUCUGCAGGCCGUCACCAGCGAGUGGCUCUCCCUCACCCUCAGCCCCCCCUCCUCCGAUACCCCCAUACCACCCACGCCGCCCCCCUUCCCCCCAAGCCUCCUCCCUUUCCUGGAAGAUCAAGAACGGAGGGCCACCCCUCCCGCGCCACCCAAACGAGGGCUCACCCCUCCGCCACGAAAUGCAUCCAGUUGUCUCGCCUCCUCCCGCCCGGCUGUCAAGCAGUGGCUGUUUGACUUAGACUCCCCCCCCUCAGCCCCUCCUUUCUCUCCACCCCCUCCUCCUGACUCCUCCUCUCCCUCCGCCUCCCCCGUGCCCGACUCCUUCCUGGGAUACCUCGAAGAGAGGGGCCUAAGAGACAGUGAACAGAACAAACCACUGUCCCUAGCAGGCAGAGGGGGGUUCUUCUGCACUGAACCCGAGCCGGGGGACACGCCCGCAGAUUUGUUGCUGUGGUACAGGCCAAGUGUUCCGCCAGUAUCCUUAGAACUAGAAACGGAACCCCCCCCUCUUCAGCAGCAAGUGGAAGAUCCCUAUGAUCAGUUGUUGUCUAUGAUCCUGGAUCAGCCCAUGUGUGACGAAGAUGGAGGGGAGAUUCUCAAGCCGGCCGUGGCACUGACCAACAAAUCACAGAGCAGGGUUAGGCUAGAGUCAGAGUUUCAUAAGCCUGUGACUAUGCAGCCCCUGUCCAUCACGCAGGACAGCCAAUCAAAAAGGGUGAAUAGGCGGACGGCAGGGUCUCAGAGGCCGAUGACGUUGUACAUUGAGGAAGAGGAGGAAGCUAUAGGAGGGGAAGAAGAGGAGAAGGAAGAAGAAAGGAACAUUGAUGUAGACUGUGGUACUGUAACUGUCCACAGAGAGGGGCUGAAAACAGAGGCUGAUGUCUAUCCGACCCGCUGUCACAGCACUUUGUGCAACCCGGCACAGUUGGAACCCAUCACCCUCCUCCCUCCCCCUGUCUCUCCUCCCUCCUCACCAUCCCCCGCUUUUUACUCUGCCUCACAACCAGCUGAAGCCCUGGCUAUGCCUUCUUCCUCUCCACUGUCCCAUCUUCCUACCCCUCCCCCAAUUCCCCUCUCCUCCUCGCAACAGAUUGUGCCACCCUGCUCUCCUCCCCCCACUUCCCUCAUCUCUACCUCCUACCUCUCUUCUCCUUCACCCUCUUCUCCCCUUCUCAUCUCUCCGCCUCUCACGACCUCACCCCUCCCUGCCUCCCGCCCAUCCUCUACUCCUCCUCCCCCCACCCCUCCCUCUUCCUCCCUUUUGGCCUCACGUCAAGCCCUGGUCUCCCCUCCUCCUCUCCAACCCUCUCCUCCAACCUCCCCCAUCCCUGACACACAACACUCGCUCCCAUCCUCCCCUCCACCCUCUUUUCCUCCUCUCCCUCUCUCCCCUCCACUUGUACCCUUUCCAGAACCUAGGUCUCCUAAGAUCAAGAGGUUUGUGCAGGAUUUGCUCCAUGGUGGAGGAGACCCGUUCCAGGCCCUGUACAACUAUCUGCCCCGUAACGAGGAUGAGCUGGAGCUGAAGGAGGGGGACGUCGUGGACGUCAUGGAGAAGUGUGACGACGGCUGGUUUGUCGGGACUUCUCGACGGAGCAAGCAGUUUGGAACCUUCCCAGGAAACUACGUCAAGAAACUAUAAUGAUGAAUCCGGUCCACCCCCGCACCCUCCUUACUUGGGCCCUUCCAUCUCUAGCACAACCCAUAUUGGACACAACCAACCCGGAGUAAAAUGAAGUUGCUCCUAGACACUGAUUUGGGUCAGUUUUGCACUUUCCCCACCAAUGGUUAUGGUUAGGAUUGGGGGAGGUGGAGCUGACCCUAGAUCUGUACCUAGGGGAAGCCUCACCCCGGAACAACACGCCCCCACUGUCGGGUCAUCCAAGAAGCCUUUCCCAAGCGUGUGUGACGUCACAGCAAGUAUUUUGUUUUAGCUCUAACUAGCCAACUCUACAGGAGACUAUUCCACUAACUAAACGGUUAUUUUCUAAAUGAUGGAGUGAGUAGAGGUUGAAGAAGAUCCAUACUUUUGUAUUCCUGUCACCUCAGAUACUGAAGGAAGGGUAGCCAAACAAGAUGGCCACCUUUUUAGUGUUGACAUCUGCUGUUAUUUGAUUCAUUAGAUCUAUUUUGACCCAGUAAUGUAAUAACUUGCAUUGAUAAGUUGAUUGUGUAACUUUCAGAGAGGUCAAAUGUGGUAAAGAGAGAGUUAAAGAUGCCAAGUAAACUGCCACUCAGGAUUGCCUUGACAUCAUCAUGUCAGCCAUGUUUCUUUUCCCUUUUUCCUCAGUGUUAAAUGAGUACAGAGACCCCCCUAAGCGUAUUAUCUGUAAUAGGAGGGCAUGGUAUUUUCAGAGCAGUAUUGUCAUAGGACAUUGCAACACAUUUCAAUGUUUAGUCAUUUGGCAAAUGCUCUUAUCCACACCGACUUUCAAUAAGCAACACGAAACAACCACAGCGUUAUUAGUACAAAAAUCUUCAUCAGAUGUUACAUUUUCAUACCCCAACACAGGAACACUCACCUAUUUUCCCAGUGAAAAUGAUGAUGCUGUGUAAUCCAUGAUACCCAAAAGUGUUGCUGGAUACCACGGGAUAGGGUCUGACAUGUUUGGAGGCAAAUGCAUUGAUAUUGAAUGCAUAUAUGUAUAUCCAGAGCCUUUUAUUCGCAACGGAAGGUUCUGGAUAUCUGCCCGCUAUGGGUCUACAGUCAAUUCCAGUUUUUCAUUUUAGUGUUUGCAAACUCCUAUAUGGAUGAGUUACUUCAAAUGUGGAAGUGGCAAUCGUUGAUAUUUCCUUUUGAACCCUUCUGCUUGAACAAGUACAGUACAUGUUGUACUGUUGAUGGAAGUAAUAUUUAUAGAUCUGGGAUUUUAUUGAUUGGUUGACUUGGCGUUUUAUCCUUUCUCUCUCAUGUAAAAAUGUCUGCGUUACACUACGGAUUUUACAAGUGAAAGCUAGAUUGGAUUGUCGAUAGGGCUUUGGGAGUUUGAUACAUAUGCAAAAGCAACUAGUUUUUCCCACUUUUUUUCUGUAUGUAUAGAUGUUUCUAAUGGGGGAAAAGUAUUGAAUAUUGAUGAAAAGGUCGUUUAGACGUCUCCGUCCAUAGAUAUAACUCAUGGAAUGGAUGGAGCAGCAUCAGUUUCUCAGCUUACUUUGUCUACUUUCUUUUAGUUGGAAGUGGCCUAAAGUUGACGUGUACUUUUGGCUAAUUUCAACCGCAGCAAAUCCCCUUGUCAUGUUUAAGAUAACGAGACGAUAGGCCAAUUUUUGUUCCCAGUCAAGUCUGACAUUUUACAUUUGUCAAUAUACAACAAACGUUCAGGUCUCAACAAUAAAACAACCCUCCCUUUUUUGAAACGGUGUUUAUUUUGUUCGACGACGAGCUUUUUCUUUUUACGAUUGCUGUUGAAUACCGUAUUAGGAACGUUGCCACAUUCGUUGCCUUUUUUGUCCAAAUGGGAUGUUUUACUUCACUCUAAUAUAAUCAGAUAAGCGGUGUAAAUGAAUUUGAUUGAAUUAUACAGUUAAGUUCCUGGAGUCGUUUUCUCUCUCUAUAGGUCAUUCUGACGGCGACCUUUCUUACUGUCCGGGAUGAAUGAAACGAUUAGAGACAGUGUCACUGCAAUAGCUUUUAUAACAAUGUAUUUGAAUAACAUUGGUUAGGCAUACUUUUUGUGUUCCAUGAAUAUGAUUUAUGACAUUUUGUUUUUGCCUUUUUCGUGUGUAAAUGAGUAUUGUAUUCAUAUAGGAAGAACACUGCCCGCAGAACAAUCGUUUAAGCACCUUAAUAUGUAAUUACUUUAUUUUUUUGGUUUCUGUCUUUGGUUGGUUUUGUUCUAGUUUAUUUUUUCUCCCCAUCCCCUUUUCAUUCACUCUUCCCUGGGUCGUGUUCAUUUAGGCACCAAAAGAAAACGGACUCCCUGGACAUGUCCAAUAAGAAAUGCACAUUUUCAUGUUCUGUUGCAAACGUUUCCCGUUGCUAUCCCUAAUGAACACGACCCUGGCAUGUGAGAGCACUGCGUGUCUGUUGGCGUUUUUUUUUGUUGUACGUCUUUUGUAUGGAGCUGUAAAUCGAUGACACCGAUCCACUGCUUUAUAAACUCUUAUUUUUCUCACCCACCGUCAGUUUGAGUUGCCUUUUUUUUCUGCUUGUCAUUUUUCCACACCACCUCUUCCUUCGUCCACCUCAUUUGCCUCAAACAGCCAUACCUCCAUUAUCCCUAUGGUGCAAAAAUAAAUAACAUUUAUGCAAAAACAGAACACUUUUGUAGUGGGUUACACUACUUUAAGGUUCUCUUUUAUGAAGGGUACCUUAAUGUAAAGUGGUACCUUGUAGUGUUAACAGGGAUAACCACUCUGGAGAACAAAAUUGAGUAUAAGGGAAUGUACUUUACCCACAACUUAAGGAUAGACUGUAACGUUUAAAAUAUGUAUAGUCUGCCUUUGCUACCACUUUCGGGGACUUUAAAGGAUUUGGACUGAAGACAUGGAGGAUCCCCGGCUCCCAUUGGAGUUGUUUAUAUUGAAUCUGAAAGGGGGCCUAGAAGUGCAGAUUCUUAGCUUUGUCCAAAUGUAAACUCAAGUGGAGGCAUUGCAAUGACAUUCUUAUUACAAGUCUUUCUGCUUUAAUUUACGAUUUUUGGGGACUGUAUUCGUAAUAAAUUCUGCCUGAUCAUUUCAA